UGUGCGCCGACGCGUGAGGUCUGGCAGCCAUGGUGGAUUCCGGGUCGGCGGUGCAGCGCUCUCUGCUGCAGCUGCAGGAGGCCUUGUCUGCAGCGGACCGCUGCAGCGCGGCGGUGGCCAGUCAUCAGCUGAUCCGGGGGCUGGGGCAGGAGUGCGUGCUGAGCGCGAGCCCGGCGGUGCUGGCGUUACAGACUUCCUUAAUUUUUUCCAAAGAUUUCGGUUUGCUUGUAUUUGUUCAGAAAUCACUUAGCAUUGAUGAAUUCCGUGAUUGUAGAGAAGAAGUCCUAAAAUUUUUAUGUAUUUUCUUAGAAAAACUUGGUCAGAAGAUCACACCUUAUUCUCUUGACAUUAAGAAAACUUGUACCAGUGUUUACACGAAAGAUAAAGCUGCUAAGUGUAAAAUUCCAGCCCUCGAUCUUCUUAUUAAGUUACUUCAGACUUUAAGAAGUUCCAGACUCAUGGAUGAACUUAGAGUUGGAGAAUUAUUUAGCAAAUUCUAUGGAGAAAUUGCAUUGAAAACAAAAAUAGCAGAUACAGUUUUAGAAAAAAUAUAUGAACUCCUAGGAGUAUUAGGUGAAGUUCAUCCUUGUGAGAUGAUAAAUAAUUCAGAAAAUUUGUUCCGUGCUUUUCUCGGUGAACUCAAGACCCAGAUGACAUCAACAGUGAGAGAGCCUAAACUACCUGUUGUGGCAGGGUGUCUGAAGGGAUUGUCUUCACUUAUGUGUAACUUCACUAAAUCCAUGGAAGAAGAUCCCCAGACUUCAAGGGAGAUCUUUGAUUUUGCCCUAAAGGCAAUUUGUCCUCAGAUUGAUCUGAGGAGAUAUGCGGUGCCCUUAGCUGGCUUAUGCUUAUUUACUCAGCAUGCAUCUCAGUUCAGCACCUGCCUUCUGGAUAACUACAUUUCUUUGUUCGAAGUGCUGUCAACGUGGUGUAGCCACAUAAAUAUAGAGUUGAAGAAGGCUGCAUAUUCGGCUCUGGAAUCUUUUCUGAAACAGGUUUCUCUUAUGGUGGCAAAAGAUGCAGAAAUGCAUAAAAGUAAACUGCAGUACUUUAUGGAGCAGUUUUAUGGAAUUAUCAAGAAUGUGGAUUCAAACAGCAAGGACUUAUCCAUUGCCAUUCGUGGAUAUGGACUUUUUGCAGGACCUUGCAAGGUAAUAAAUGCAAAAGAUGUUGACUUCAUGUAUGUAGAGCUCAUCCAGCGCUGCAAGCAGCUGUUCCUCACCCAGCUAGACACUGUUGAUGACUACGUUUACCAGAUGCCAAGUUUCCUCCAAUCUAUUGCAAGUGUCUUGCUCUACCUCGAUACAGUUCCUGAGAUAUAUACUCCAGUUCUGGAACAUCUCAUGGUGGUCCAGAUAGACAGCUUCCCGCAGUAUAGUCCAAAAAUGCAGUUGGUAUGUUGCAGAGCCAUAGUGAAAGUUUUCCUAGCCUUAGCAGAAAAAGGACCAGUUCUCUGGAAUUGUGUUAGUACUGUAGUGCACCAGGGGUUAAUCAGAAUAUGUUCUAAGCCAGUAAUCCUACAAAAGCUUGCGGAGUCCGAAGACCACCGUGCAUCAGUGGAAGUCAGAACCAGCAAGUGGAAAGGGCCCACGUACAAAGACUAUCUGGACCUUUUUAGAAACCUCCUGACCUGUGAUCAGAUGAUGGAUUCUCUUUUAGCAGAUGAAGCUUUUCUUGUUGUGAAUUCCUCCCUUCAAAGUCUGAACCGUUUGCUAUAUGAUGAAUUUGUAAAAUCAGUUUUGAAGAUUGUUGAGAAAUUGGAUCUUUCACUAGAAAAACAGAAUGUUGGGGAACAAGAGGAUGAAAAUGAAGCUACUGGCAUUUGGGUGAUCCCGACUUCAGAUCCAGCUGCUAACUUGUAUCCUGCUAAACCAAAAGAUUUUUCAGCUUUCAUUAACCUGGUGGAAUUUUGCAGAGAGAUUCUUCCAGAGAAACAUGUAGAAUUUUUUGAGCCAUGGAUAUACUCAUUUGCAUAUGAAUUAAUUGUCCAGUCUACACGGUUGCCACUCAUUAGUGGUUUCUACAAAUUACUUUCUAUUGCUGUGAGAAAUGCCAAAAAAAUAAAAUAUUUUGAGGGCGUUGGUCCAAGGAGUCAGAAACAGCCUCCUGAGGACCCAGAAAAAUAUUCUUGCUUUACUUUGUUUGCAAAAUUUGGUAAAGAGGUAUCAGUCAAAAUGAAGCAAUACAAAGAUGAACUUUUGGCCUCCUGUUUGACCUUCAUUCUGUCCCUGCCACACGAUGUCAUUGAACUUGACAUUAGAGCCUAUGUUCCGGCAUUGCAGAUGGCUUUUAAACUGGGCCUGAGCUAUAUCCCAUUGGCAGAAGUAGGCCUGAAUGCCCUAGAAGAAUGGUCAGUUUACAUCUGCAAACAUGAAAUUCAGCCCCAUUAUAAGGACAUUCUACCCAGCCUUGAUGGAUAUCUGAAAACUUCAGCCUUAUCAGAUGAGACCAAGAAUAACUGGGAAGUGUCAGCACUUUCUCGGGCUGCCCAGAAAGGAUUUAAUAAAAGUAUGUUAAAGCAUCUGAAAAAGACAAAGAACAUUUCAUCAAAUGAAGCACUGUCCUUAGAAGAAAUAAGAGUUAGAGUAGUACAAGUGCUCGGCUCUCUAGGAGGACAAAUAAACAAAAAUCUUUUAACAGCUGCAUCCUCAAAUGAAAUGAAGACAUGUUUGGCAUGGGACAGAGAAAAAAGACUCCGAUUUGCAGUACCAUUUAUAGAAAUGAAGCCUGUCAUAUAUUUGGAUAUAUUCUUGCCUCGGGUCACAGAAUUAGCUCUUUCAGCUAGUGACAGACAAACUAAAGUUGCAGCUUGUGAACUUUUACAUAGCAUGGUUAUGUUCAUGUUGGGAAAAGCCACUCAAAUGCCUGAAAGUGGUCAGGGUUUCCCUCCCAUGUACCAGCUCUAUAAGCGAACUUUUCCUGUGCUACUUCGCCUUGCAUGUGAUGUUGAUCAGGUGACAAGGCAACUAUAUGAGCCACUAGUUAUGCAGCUGAUUCACUGGUUCACUAACAAUAAGAAAUUUGAAAGUCAGGACACUGUGGCCUUAUUGGAAACAAUAUUGGAUGGAAUUGUGGAUCCUGUUGACAGUACUUUAAGAGAUUUUUGUGGUCGGUGUAUUCGAGAAUUCCUCAAAUGGUCCAUUAAGCAGACAACACCACAGCAGCAGGAAAAAAGUCCAGUGAACACCAAAUCACUUUUCAAGCGACUAUACAGCUUUGCACUUCACUCCAGUGCUUUCAAAAGGCUAGGAGCAUCCCUUGCUUUUAAUAACAUCUACAGGGAAUUCAGGGAAGAAGAGGCUCUGGUAGAACAGUUUGUGUUUGAAGCCUUGGUUACAUAUAUGGAAAGUCUGGCCUUAGCACAUGCGGAUGAGAAAUCCUUAGGUACAAUUCAACAGUGUUGUGACGCCAUUGACCACCUAAGACAUAUCAUAGAAAAGAAGCACGUGUCUUUAAACAAAGAAAAACGACGACGUCGGCCACGAGGAUUUCCACCUGCAGUAUCACUGUGUUUACUGGAUGUGGUCCGUUGGCUUUUAGCCCAUUGUGGGAGGCCCCAGACAGAAUGUCGACACAAAUCCAUAGAACUCUUUUACAAAUUUGUUCCUCUAUUGCCAGGCAACAAAUCCCCUUCUUUAUGGCUGAAAGAUGUUAUCAAGAAGGAAGAUAUUUCCUUUCUCAUAAACACAUUUGAGGGGGGAGGAAAAGGUCAAGAUCGGUCAUCAGGCAUCCUUGCUCAGCCAACCCUUCUCCACUUGCAAGGGCCAUUCAUCCUCAGAGCUGCCAUGCAGUGGAUGGACAUGCUGUUAGCUGCUUUGGAAUGCUACAACACAUUCAUCCAGGAGAAAACUCUUGAAGUGCCCGACAUCCUGGGUGCUGAACCACAGUCCUCACUUUGGAAAGCAGUGGCUUUUUUUUUAGAAAGCAUAGCUAUGCAUGAUAUUUCAGCAGCAGAAAAGUGCUUCGGCACUGGGGCAACAGGUACCAAACCCAGCCCACAAGAGGGAGAGAGGUAUAAUUACAGCAAGUGCACAGUUGUGGUCCGCAUCAUGGAAUUCACCACGACACUGCUCAGCACCUGCCCAGAAGCCUGGAAGUUUCUUGGGAAGGAUUUAUGUAACACAAACCUCAUGAAAGUCUUGGUGAAAACCCUGUGUGAGCCCUCGAGCAUAGGUUUCAAUAUCGGUGACAUUGCAGUUAUGGAUCACCUUCCUGGCGUCUGUGUGAGCCUGAUGCAAGCACUGAAGAGGUCCCCAUACAGAGACAUCCUGGAGACUCACCUCAAGGAGAAAAUAACAACAGAGAGCAUUGAGGAGCUCUGUGCUGUUGACCUGUAUGGCCCGGAUGCUUACGUGAACAGGGCCAAGCUGGCCUCUGUUGUGUCAGCUUGUAAACAGCUUCAAAGAGCUGGCUUUUUACAUGUUCUAUUACCAUCUCAGUCUGCAGAUCAGCAUCAUUCUUUUGGCACAAAACUUCUUUCCCUGGUUUAUAAAAGCAUUGCACCUGGAGAUGAACGACAGUGUCUGCCUUUACUAGACCCCAGCUGUAAGCACUUGGCCAGUGGACUUCUGGAGUUGGCCUUUGCUUGUGGAGGACUGUGCGAGCACCUGGUGAAUCUGCUCCUGGGUACGGCCGUGCUGUCUGUGCCAUCAGGAGGGGCCCGGAGCACCAUCGUCAGCUUCUCCCAUGGAGGGUAUUUUUACAGCUUGUUCUCGGAAACAAUCAAUGCAGAACUGUUGAAAAAUGUAGAUCUUGCUGUACUGGGGCUCAUGAAAUCAUCUGUGGACAAUCCCAAAAUGGUGAGCACCAUUUUGAAUGGUAUGUUAGAUCAGAGCUUCAGAGAUCGUGGCAGUCAGAAACAUCAAGGCCUGAAACUUGUGACUUCAGUUCUGCAGAACUGGAGGAAGUGUGAUUCAUGGUGGGCCAAGGAUUCUGCUCCUGAAAGUAAGACGGCAGUGCUGACCUUACUGGCAAAAAUUUUGCAGAUUGAUUCAUCUAUAUCUUUUAAUACAAAUCAUAGCGCAUUCCCUGAAGUCUUUACAACAUAUACUAGUCUUCUUGCUGAUCUGAAGUUGGGUCUACAUUUAAAGGGUCAUGCUGUCAUUCUUCUUCCGUUCUUCACCAGUCUUACUGGAGGCCAUCUGGAGGAUCUGAAACGUGUCCUUGAUGCCCUCAUUGGUUCUAACUUCCCCAUGAAAUCUGCAGAAUUUCCCCCAGGAACUCUGCGGUACAAUAAUUACGUUGACUGCCUUAAAAAGUUUCUAGAUGCAUUGGAAUUAUCUCAAAGUCCUAUGUUACUGCAGCUGAUGACAGAAAUUCUUUGCCGGGAACAGCAACAUGUUAUGGAAGAGUUAUUUCAAUCCACUUUCAAAAUGAUUGCCAUAAAGAGUUCAUGUGUCACCCAGGUAGGCCUUCUGGAAAGUGUAUACAGAAUGUUCAGGCGGGAUGACCUGGUUUCAAAUGCCACUCGCCAAGCAUAUGUGGAUCGUUCUCUCCUCACUCUGUUGUGGCACUGUAGCUUGAGUGCUCUGGGAGAAUUUUUUUGCAAAAUUGUGAUGGAUGCCAUUGAUGUGUUGAAGUCUAGAUUUAUAAAGCUAAGUGAAGCUAUCUUCGAUACUCAAAUCACCAAGAAGACAGGCUACUAUAAGAUGCUUGGUGUGAUGUAUUCUCGUCUUCCCAAAGAUGAUGUUCACUCCAAGGAAUCUAAAAUCAAUCAAGUUUUCCAUGGUUCAUGUAUUACAGAAGGAAGCGAACUUACAAAGGCACUUAUCAAGUUGUGCCAUGAUGCGUUUACAGAGAACAUGGCGGGUGAGAGCCAGUUGCUCGAAAGGAGAAGGCUUUACCAUUGUGCUGCCUACAACUGUGCCAUUUCUCUCAUCUGCUGUGUCUUUAAUGAAUUAAAGUUUUACCAAGGUUUUCUGUUUAGUGAAAAACCAGAAAAGAACUUGUUUAUUUUUGAAAAUCUGAUAGACGUGAAGCGCUGCUAUACAUUUCCUGUAGAAGUUGAGGUUCCUAUGGAAAGGAAGAAAAAGUAUAUUGAAAUUAGGAAAGAAGCCAGGGAAGCAGCAAAUGGGGAUUCAGGUGGUCCUCAUUAUAUAUCUUCCUUGUCAUAUUCGGCAGAGAGUAGCCUGAGUGAGGAAAUGAGUCAAUUUGAUUUCUCUACUGGAGUUCAAAGCUAUUCAUACACUUCCCAAGACCCUGUGUCCACCACUGGCCAUUUUCGGAGACGGGAACAUAAAGAUGCCAUGAUCCAAGAUGAUAUCCUGGAGUUAGAGAUGGAUGAACUCAAUCAACAUGAAUGUAUGGCACCCAUGACAGCCUUGAUCAAGCACAUGCAGAGAAAUGGGAUCCUACCUCCUAGAGAAGAGGGUUCAGAGCCAAGAAGUCUUCCUCUUUGGAUGAAAUUUCUUCAUGACAAACUUGGAAAUCCGUUGGUACCAUUAAAUGUCCGUCUUUUCAUAGCCAAGCUUGUUAUUAAUACAGAAGAAGUGUUCCACCCUUAUGCGAAGUCCUGGCUCAGCCCUUUGCUGCAGCUGGUGGUUUCUGAGAACAACGGAGGAGAAGGGAUUCACUAUCUGGUGAUUGAGAUAUUGGUGACAGUUCUUUCCUGGACAGGAUUAGCUGCUCCUAUAGGGGUCCCUAAAGAUGAAGUGCUAGCAAAUCGAUUACUUCAUUUCCUAAUGAAAAAUGUUUUUCAUCAAAAAAGAGCUGUGUUUAGACAUAACCUUGAAAUUAUAAAAACCCUUGUUGAAUGCUGGAAGGAUUGUUUAUCAAUCCCUUACAGGUUAAUAUUUGAAAAAUUUUCCAGUAAAGACUCUAAUUCUAAAGACAAUUCAGUAGGAAUUCAAUUAUUAGGCAUUGUAAUAGCCAAUAAUUUGCCUCCCUAUGACCCAAAAUGUGGCAUAGAGAAUAUAAAGUACUUUGAAGCUUUGGUCAGUAAUAUGUCCUUUGUAAAAUAUAAAGAGGUUUACGCGGCAGCAGCAGAGGUCCUAGGGCUCAUCCUUCAAUACUUCACCGAGAGAGAAAAUGUGCUGGAGGAGUUGGUAUGUGAACUGGUCGUAAAACAGUUAAAGCAACAUCAGACCACGAAGAAGGACAAAUUUAUCAUGUGCUUGAACAAAGCUGUGAAGAACUUCCCUCCUCUUGCAGACAGGUUCCUGAAUUCUGUGUUCUUCCUGCUGCCGAAAUUCCAUGGUGUGAUGAAGACCCUCUGUCUGGAGGUGGUGCUGUGUCGUGCAGAGGAAAUAACAGAUCUGUACCUGCAGCUAAAGAGCAAGGAUUUCAUUCAAAUCAUGAGACACAGAGAUGAUGAAAGACAGAAAGUAUGUUUAGACAUAAUUUAUAAGAUGAUGGCAAAAUUGAGACCAGGAGAGCUCCGAGAAUUCUUGAAUCCUGUUGUGGAGUUUGUUUCUCAUCCUUCUCCCGUGUGCAGGGAACAGAUGUAUAACAUUCUUAUGUGGAUUUAUGACAAUUACCGGGAUCCAGAAAGCCAAGCAGAUAAUGACUCCCAGGAAAUAUUUAAGUUGGCAAAAGAUGUUUUAAUUCAAGGAUUGAUUGAUGAGAACCAUGGGCUUCAAUUGAUUAUUCGAAAUUUCUGGAGCCAUGAAACUAGGUUACCUUCAAAUACCUUGGACCGAUUGUUGGCAUUAAAUUCCUUAUAUUCUCCUAAGAUUGAAGUGCACUUUUUAAGUCUAGCAACAGACUUUCUGCUUGAAAUGACGAGCAUGAGCCCAGAUUAUCUAAAUCCUGUGUUUGAGCACCCCCUGUCAGAAUGUGAAUUUCAGGAAUAUACUAUUGACUCUGACUGGCGUUUCCGAAGUACUGUUCUCACGCCAAUGUUCAUUGAGACUCAGGCCUCCCAAAGUGCCCUCCAGACCCGAACCCAGGAGGGAUCCCUCUCGGCUCGAGGGGCGGUGGCUGGGCAGAUACGGGCCACCCAACAGCAGUAUGACUUCACACCUACACCAAGUGCAGAUGGAAGAAGCUCCUUCAAUUGGCUGAUUGGAAGCAGUAUUGACCCACUGGCGGAUUAUACAGCCUCUUCCUCCUCUGAUUUGUCAUCCUCUUUGCUGUUUGCCCACAAGAGGAGUGAAAAAUCUCAGAGAGCACCCUUAAAGUUCGUGGGGCCUGAUUUUGGAAAAAAAAGACUGAGCCUCCCAGGGGAUGAGGUGGAUAACAAAGCAAAAGGUACAGACAGUCGGGCAGAAAUACUAAGAUUACGCAGACGAUUUUUAAAGGACCAAGAAAAGCUCAGUUUGAUUUAUGCCAGAAAAGGUGUUGUUGAACAAAAACGAGAGAAGGAGAUGAAGAGUGAGUUAAAAAUGAAGCACGAUGCCCAGAUCAUCCUGUACAGAAGUUACCGUCAAGGAGACCUUCCCGACAUUCAGAUUACAUACAGUAGCCUGAUCAGCCCCUUGCAAGCUGUGGCCCAGAGAGACCCAAUAAUUGCAAAACAGCUCUUUGGCAGCUUGUUUUCUGGAAUUAUAAAAGAGAUGGAUAAAUAUAAGACCAUGUCUGAAAAAAACAGCAUCACUCAAAAGUUGCUCCAAGACUUCAAUCAUUUUCUUAACACCACUUACUCUUUCUUUCCACCUUUUAUCUCUUGUAUCCAGGAAGUCAGUUGCCAACACCCUGACUUGCUGAGCCUGGACCCCACUUCUGUCAGUGCUGGCUCCCUGGCCAGUUUGCAGCAGCCUGUGGGUGUCCGCCUUCUUGAGGAGGCCCUGCUCCACCUGGUGCCACAGGAACCUUCUGCCAAGCGAUUUCGGGGGAGAUCCUGCCUCUCUACUGAUGUUGUCAGAUGGAUGGAACUUGCUAAACUGUAUAGAUCAAUUGGAGAAUAUGAUGUCCUCCGUGGUAUUUUUAGCAGUGAGAUAGGAACAAAGCAAGUCACUCAGAAUGCAUUAUUAGCAGAAGCAAAAAGUGAUUACUUCGAAGCUGCUAAGCAGUAUAAUGAGGCUCUGAAUGAACAAGAAUGGGUGGACGGUGAGCCUACAAAAGCCGAGAAGGAUUUUUGGGAACUUGCAUCCCUCGACUGUUACAACCAAGUUGCUGAGUGGAAAUCCCUGGCAUACUGCUCCAUAGUCAGUGUUGACAGUCAGAACCCUCCAGAUCUAAGUAAAAUGUGGAGUGAACCAUUUUAUCAGGAGACCUAUCUACCUUACAUGAUCCGCAGCAAACUGAAGUUACUGCUUCAAGGAGAGGGUGACCAGUCCUUGCUGACUUUUAUUGAUGAAGCUGUGAACCAGGAGCUCCAGAAGGCUCUCAUUGAGCUUCACUAUAGUCAGGAACUAAGUCUUCUUUACAUCUUACAAGAUGAUGUUGACAGAGCCAAAUAUUAUAUUGAAAACUGCAUUCAGAUUUUUAUGCAGAGCUAUUCUAGUAUUGAUGUUCUCCUACACAAAAGUAGACUCACCAAAUUGCAGUCUGUACAAACUUUAAUAGAAAUAAAAGAGUUCAUCAGCUUUAUAAGCAAACAAGGUAAUUUAUCAUCUCCAGUUCCCCUUAAGAGACUUCUAAAAACCUGGACAAACAGAUAUCCAGAUACUAAAAUGGAUCCAAUGAACAUCUGGGAUGACAUCAUCACAAAUCGAUGUUUCUUUCUCAGCAAAAUAGAGGAAAGACUCACUCUCCUUCCAGAUGAUAACAGUAUGAGCAUGGAUGGAGAUGGGGGUCCUGGUGACAGCCUGCACAUGGAGGAGCAGGAAGACGUCAGCUCUCUGGUUAAGAGCUGUAAGUUUUCCAUGAGGAUGAAGAUGGUAGAAAGUGCAAGAACACAGAACAAUUUCUCACUUGCCAUGAAACUACUGAAGGAGCUGCGCAGAGAGUCAAGGACCAGAGCAGACUGGCUGGUGCAGUGGGUGCACAGCUAUUGCCGGCUGAGCCACAGCCAGAGCCAGGCCCGGGGCCACCUGGAGCAGGUUCUCAGCAUGCUGAAAACAGUCUCUGUGCUGGGUGAGAACACAUCAAGCUACCUAAGCAAAAAUACCCUGGCUUUCCGUGAACAGAACGUUCUCUUGGGUACAACUUACAGGAUCAUAGCUAAUGCUCUCAGCAGUGAGCCAACCUGCCUUGCUGAAAUCGAGGAAAGCAAAGCUAGAAGAAUUGUAGAGCUUUCUGGAUCCAGUUCAGACAAUGCAGAAAAGGUGAUUGCGGGUCUGUACCAGAGAGCAUUCCAUCACCUUUCUGAGGCUGUGCAGUCGGCAGAGGAGGAGGCCCAGCCUUCCACCGGGGGCUGGACACUUGCAGCCAGGGUGAUAGAUGCUUACAUGACGCUGGUGGACUUCUGUGACCAGCAGCUCCGCAGGAAGGAAGAGAAUUUGUCAGUUAUUGAGUAUGUAGAACUACAGACAUAUCCAGCUCUUGUGGUAGACAAAAUGUUGAAAGCUUUAAAAUUACAUUCCAGUGAAGCCAGGCUGAAGUUUCCCAGACUACUGGAGAUUAUAGAGCAGUAUCCAGAGGAGACCCUGAGCCUAAUGACAAAAGAGAUUUCUUGCAUUCCUUGCUGGCAGUUCAUUGGCUGGAUCAGCCACAUUGUGGCCCUACUGGACAAAGAGCAAGCGGUUGCCAUUCAAUACACUGUGGAAGAGAUUGCUGAUAACUAUCCACAGGCAAUUGUCUAUCCGUUUAUAAUAAGUAGUGAAAACUACUCCUUCAAAGAUACUUCUGCUGGUCAUAAGAAUAAGGAGUUUGUGGCAAGGAUUAAAACUAAGUUGGAUCAAGGAGGAGUGAUUCAAGAUUUAAUUAGUGCCCUAGAACAGCUCUCUAAUCCGGAAAUGCUCUUUAAGGACUGGACUGAUGAUAUCAAAGUUGAACUAGCAAAAACCCCUGUAAAUAAAAAAAAAAUUGAAAAGAUGUAUGAAAAAAUGUAUACAGCCUUAGGAGACCCAGAGGCUUCAGGUGUUGGGGCUUUUAGAAGAAGGUUUAUUCAGGCCUUUGGAAGAGAAUUUGAUAAAUACUUUGGGAGAGGAGGUUCUAAGCUUCCUGGAAUGAAGCUCCAUGACUUCAAUGGCAUUGCCAGCUCACUAUAUUUAAAAAUGUGUGAAGACUCAAAGCCACCUGGGAAUCUGAAAGAAUGCUCGCCCUGGCUGAGUGACUUCAAAGUAGAAUUUUUGAGAAAUGAGCUGGAGAUUCCUGGUCAAUAUGAUGGCAAAGGAAAACCACUGCCAGAAUACCAUGCACGGAUCGCUGGGUUUGAUGAGCGGGUAAAAGUGAUGGAUUCUAUCAGAAAACCAAAGCGCAUCAUCAUCCGUGGCCAUGACGAGAGAGAGUACCCUUUCCUCGUGAAGGGGGGUGAAGACCUGCGCCAGGACCAGCGCAUCGGGCAACUCUUUGAGGUCAUGAAUGUCAUCCUCUCUCAAGAUGCUGCCUGCAGUCAAAGGAACAUGCAACUAAAGACGUACCACGUCAUUCCCAUGACUUCCAGAUUAGGAUUAAUUGAAUGGAUAGAAAAUACUGUUACCUUGAAGGAACUGCUUUUGAGUACCAUGUCGCAAGAGGAGAAAGCAGCUUACAGAAGUGACCCAAAAGCACCAGCACGUGAUUAUAGAGACUGGCUGGCAAAGAUGUCUGGGACAUACGAAAUUGGCGCCUACAUGCUAAUGUACAAGGUAGCUAGUCAUUCUGAAACAGUCACAUCUUUUAGGAAAAGAGAAAGUAAAGUGCCGGCUGAUCUCCUGAAGCGGGCCUUUCUCAAAAUGAGCGCGGGCCCCGCGGCCUUCCUGGCGCUCCGCUCCCACUUCGCCAGCUCUCACGCCCUCAUAUGCAUCAGCCACUGGAUCCUGGGCAUUGGGGACAGACAUCUGAACAAUUUCAUGGUCAGCAUGGAGACGGGCGGAAUGGUGGGGAUCGACUUUGGACAUGCGUUUGGAUCAGCUACCCAGUUUAUACCAGUUCCUGAGUUGAUGCCUUUCCGACUAACUCGCCAGUUUAUCAGUCUGAUGUUACCAAUGAAGGAAACGGGGAUUCUGUGCAGUGUCAUGGUGCACGCCCUGAGGGCCUUCCGCUCACGCCCCGAUCUACUCACCAGCACCAUGGACGUGUUUGUGAAGGAUCCUUCCUUCAACUGGAAGAAUUUUGAACAGAAAAUGCUGAAAAAAGGAGGAUCAUGGAUUCAAGAAAUAAAUGUAACUGAAAAAAAUUGGUAUCCCCGGCAGAAAAUAAAUCACGUUAAGAGAAAGUUAGCAGGUGCCAAUCCCGCAGCUAUUACUUGUGAUGAGUUACUUCUGGGCCAUGAGAAGGUACCUGCCUUUGGGGAUUAUGUGGCUGUAGCACGAGGAAGCAAAGAUCACAACAUUCGUGCUCAAGAACCAGUGAGUGGACUUUCUGAAGAGGCCCAAGUAAAGUGCUUGAUCGACCAGGCAACAGACCCCAACAUCCUUGGCAGAACUUGGAUAGGAUGGGAGCCCUGGAUGUGACCUCUAUGGGAGUUAGCAGAUAAAAAGCAUGGAAGUGUUUUAAAAAUCUCCUAAACUUUUAUCUACAUCAAUCAGUGAGCUGAUUUUCCCAAAGCACUGAAGAGAAGAAAUCUAGUUAGCGAAUAGUCUUGUAGCAGGAGUUUAAUCAAGAUCAUGAUAAGUGAAUAAUGUAUGAACACAUGGCUAGGUUAUAAUUAAAGAUUAGAUUAGGAUUAUAAUAGACUUAUAAUAGAAAAAUCCAUAUCCAGGCUCAUUCCAGUAUCAAAUCCAAAAUAUAGUGUAUUACAGGUGCUAUGACUUAGAUAAACCAGCUUUCAACAAAUGGCAUAAAGCAAACUUUCCAUGCAGUGUUCUCAGUGGUAGUCAAGGCACAUUGGCAGUUUACACCCAAGAGACUUCCUCUCUCAGACUGUGAGAGUCCAGCAGCAUAGCUGACACAAUACUGCACUACGUUAGCAGUGCAGGGAUAAUGAGAGCAACAGGUCGGCUAUGACUGCUGCUUAUUUUACUUAGAAAUGAUUGCAUUUGAUAUUUUAGGAUACUUUUGUAGGUUUUUUCUUUCGCUUUAUUUUCUUCUAGUUUGACAUUUUAUGAUUUAAUCGUUCUCUAGAGAGAGAGUAUUGAGGAGAGAGAAAAGCCUUGGUCUUAGCACUCAAUUUUGAUGAGUGAUCAGCACUGAUCCACAACAGGAAGAUAGAUAAAAGUGCCUCUGUGCUCAGGAUUGCUUCAAGAAUUUCAAAUAUGAUGAGAGGAAUAGCACUUGACUAUUUCAAUUCUAGGAUAUUUUAAUUUCAGAAUUCUAGACUAUUUCAAUUCUAGGAAAAUAAAUCCUUAGUUGAAAUGAAUUCUUUACUUGGAGAGGAAAAGUGCAUUCUAGAAUAGCAAGAUCAAAUGUUGAGACAUAACAAUGGCUUCUUUCCAGUCACAGAUUCUGCCCCUCUACCCUAUUUUUGGGUUAGUUUCUAGCUUUUUGUUAGUUUUCUUCAAACAUUUAUAUUUGGAAACUUGUAUGAUUUUGAGAAAUAAUAAUGUUAAGAAUAUGAAACAUCAAAAGUUUUUUCCCAAAUUAAUGUAUAACUUACAUAGUUUCAAAAGCAAAAUGUUCGUCUUGUAAAAUAUUUCCAUAUAUUAUUGACAAAUUCAUUCUGAUAUGUAUAGAUUGCAUUAUGGCAUUAAAGUUCUCAACAAAUGGUAUCUAUUCAACCAAGGAAAUACCAUCUUUAAAGAAAAAUAAAUGAUGAUGUAUGUGAAAACCCAGUAUACAUAUGAUCUAGUAUAUAUUUUUUGCUAUAGCACACAGAAAAAAACCUACUUUGGAGAUGAGUUGAUGAUAUUGUUUUCUGUAACAAGUAAUUAACCAUAAUGUUUGCAUGAGUCCUGAUAAAGUGGGAUAUAUUCACUAACUAGAUUCCCAUAUUUUGGAAAACCCUGUUUUUUAAUGACUACUUUUCAUGUCAAUAAAAGUUUCUUGGUACAAGAUCAC